AUAACUGGAAAGAAGUUGAAGAAGACAGCAAAUUCUUGUUUUUCUUUUUCUUUCAAGACCGUUUAGACUGUGUGUAAUAAAGGAGAAAAAAUUGGGAAAAUAUCUGGAAAGAAAAAUGGAGUCUUUAGUUAUAUUACUAAUUUUUAUUCAGUUUAUAUCGUUAAGUUAUGGAAGGAUUUGUAGUCCUGCGAAAUUUAAUUCGGAUGUUGCAGAUAUGUAUUUUGCUGGAAAUGCACAAGAAGGAGCUGACCAGGCCAUUUUUUCGUAUAGAGGAAAAUUAGUUUACGAUUACCUAGAAAAACGUUGGGCGUUCGAUAGAUUCGACAUUAGGAACGCGUCUAAUAACCUUCGAAUAGUCGUCGAUCAUGGUAAAGAUAGAAUGUUCGUUAAAACUGAAACGUAUUGCGUCGUUAGUCCCGUUGGCGAUGUUAAAAUGUAUCCAGCCUGUCUUCCCGAUAAUGCCACUAAUCACGGACCUUAUUCGUACGCAACUGGAGAACAUAAAAUUAACUUUGACUAUUAUUCUUACGAUCUUAUGGGAUUCCCAGUCAGAUUUCUGUUUAAGGUUAAUGCUAUGGAUAGUAGUUUCAUGCAAGAUACAUCUUUCGGGACCGUUCCUAAUAACUAUCUGAUUUACGAGGGUGAAAGUCCUUGUAUACCUUGGGAAUAUCCUACAAGGGCUAAAACUGGGGAUUGUUGGAAAAGCCAUUUCAAGAAGCAAAGAUCCAUUUUUGGAUCAACACUAACUGGACAGUUAGCGAAUCUCAGAUAUACUAAUACAAAAUAUGGCAUUAAAGGAGUUGAAGACUUUUUUGAUCUACCAGACGGUUGCGAAGUAGUUGAAGAAUGGGCCUUUGAAAUAAAGAAAGGAAAAUGGAAAAUGGAUUGUUCUGACUAA